CUCAGCUCGGCUCUGCUCUAGGGGAAGAUGCACGCCGCACUGCUCGGAGUGCUGGGGCUGGCCCUGCUCGGUGCCCUGCACGCCCAGGACGUUCCCGUGCAGCCUGACUUCCAGCAGGACAAGCUCACAGGGAAGUGGUACACCCUCGGCCUGGCCUCCAACUCCAACUGGUUCAAGGAGAAGAAGCACCUGAUGAAAAUGUGCACCACAGUCAUCUCAGCCACUGCAGAUGGGAACCUGGAGGUCGUCACUACCUACCCCAAAGGUGACCACUGCGAGAAGAGGAACAGCCUCUACACUAAGACAGAGCAGCCAGGGCGCUUCAGCUACAGCAGCCCACGAUGGGGCAGCAAGCACGACAUCCGUGUGGUGGAGACCAACUACGACGAGUAUGCCUUGGUAGCCACCCAGAUCUCCAAGAGCAGUGGCUCCUCCACCAUGGUGCUGCUCUACAGCCGGACCAAGGAGCUCAGUCCUGAGCGCCUGGAGAGGUUCACCCAGUUCUCCAGGGAGCAGGGCCUGUUGGAGGAAGAGAUCCUCAUCCUGCCCCACACAGAUAAGUGCAUGGCAGAUGCUGCCUAGGCAGACACACCGUCGACUGCCAGCAGAGCCCUGAGGCCAGCCCGAGCUGGUGGCCACCCAGUCUUGUCCCCAAUGCACCCUCAGCACCGCAGCAGCCUUGGCUCCCUGGCUUCACACCCACACCUGUACCCCCUCUCCAUUAAAGCCUGUACAAACCAGCCCCCUGCCCUGGUCUGCU